AGAACUCUCUUCCUAUUCGGGAAUAAAAAACAUGAUACUUCUAUUUUGAAAUUUCAAAACGUUUUUACAGGGCCGUUUAAUGAAUUUGGAGGCCUCGAUUCUAAAUGUAAAAUCGGGGCCCCAAACUAAUAUAAAAAGUUUAUUAAAAAAUAUCAAUCCAAAUACUUAUAUUCAAAUCAAUUGAGUACUUAUUAAAGAGAACCAAGAGUAAAAGGACCAACGAAUAUAAUAAUGGAUUUAUAAUUUUCUUCCUUACUAAUUGUAUUUUACAGUUUAGUAUUAAUAUAUAAUAUUACUCCUUAUUAUAUAAUACUAAAAGAAAUUUAAAAAUUUGGGGCCCCUAAAAAACGCCCCUGCGUUUUUACUCCUAUUUGGAGAAUUCUCUCAAUAUUUUUGUUAUUUUUUCACCCAUUAACCUCAAAAUACAUGCUAAGUUAACAAUUAGAGGUGGAACCAUUUGUAAUGGGGCCCAAAGUUUUGAGAAAGAAGAGAAUGCAUACGGCUGUGGUAUAUUGGUAAUCCCGCACCUCUAUCCUUGGGUCUCUUCACGUGAUUCUGACUCCAUAGUCUAGUCUCAUACAGAGUAUAGUACUGUACUAAACAACUCAUGCCAUUCUUGGAAGCUUUUGCCUCCUUUUGCUCGUCUACUUCUCCCCCAAAGGUUAAACCCUGUUCCCUUGUGACCUGCCCUGUCGAAACCCCCCCAAAACUGUAAAUUUAUAGCGCACUUGUUUUCUAUUUCGACCAGAAAUGGAAGGGUUGUUCAUGGUAGUGCUUCUUCCGCUCCUUUUUGGCAUUCUUUCUUCUUCUUCUUCUUCCUCUGCUCGUUCCCAUUCCCUUGCAUCUAGCUCGCUGAUUCCUCCUGACGCUUCGGUAUUGUUGGACUUCAAACUCAAAGCGGACUUGCACGGGAAGAAGCUUCAAGGCUUUGUGCCAACACCACCGUUUCUUUCUGCAAAUGGAACGGCGUCCGGUGCAGCGGCGACCGGGUGGUCCGUUUGGUGUGCAAAGGAAUGGGUUUGGACGGCUCUUUCGCUCCGGCAACUCUAACUCGUCUCAACCAGCUCAGAGCUUAGAGCCUUCAAGAAAAUUUCCUCACCGGACCUUUCCGAUCUGGUUAACCUCAAGCUCCUCUUCUUGGACCAUAACUUGUUCAGCGGCCUGAUACCGCCUUCGAUUUCCGCUCUCCAUCUCUUGAAAGCCAUCGAUCUAUCCUCCAACAACCUCACCGGAACCAUACCCGCCUCCUUGGACGGCAUUGGGCGGUUGUACCAUCUACGCCUCGAUUCCAACCGCCUCACCCGUCCCGUUCCGCCGCUCAACCAGUUUACCCUCCAUAUCUUCAAUGUCUCGCAUAACGCUCUCUCUGGUCCUAUUCCGGUGACGGCGGCAGUGUCGUGCUUCAGAAUGAGAGCCUUUACCUCCAAGCGGGCACUAUGCGGUGAGAUAUUACACCGCGAAUGCCAUCAUCCCAUAUUGCCCUUUUUCCCGCCAUCUCCGGCCGCAGUUACCCCACCACCGCAGUCCGCGAAGUCAUUAAAUCAAAAUAUGAAGCUGCACGACGGCGGACCUUACAGCCCUGUGGGAAACAAACCAAAAUCGAAAAGACCCGUUCUCAUAAUCGGGUUAUCCUUAGGCUUCUUUAUUCUAAUUUGUUCCGUUAUAUGCUUCGCUAUGGCAACAAGAAAAUCAAGCAAGCCUAUAGAAUCUGCUCCUAUACUUGCACUGGAUCCGGAGGCGGUGACGAGAAUGGGAGAAGAAAGCAGCGAGCUGGAAGAUAAGGUGAGGAGGGUGCAAGAAGGAAUGCAGGUAAUGGGGAAAAGUGGAAACUUGGUAUUCUCUGUGGGUGAGUCACAAAUGUAUACGCUGGAGCAGCUGCUGAGAUUGGGUGCUCGACAACCGUUUGAUUGUUUGUGUGAAGAGACUGGAUUCAGGGAGGAUGUCCGGGACGUGUAGGGAGAAGUUUGAACGGCACAUGGGAUCAGUGGCCGGCGGGUUGAGGCACCCAAAUCUGGUUCCGCUCCAGGCUUAUUUUGAGGCUCAGGAUGAGCGGCUUGUUGACUAUGAUUACCACCCCAGUGGUAGCCUCUUUUCUCUCAUCCAUGGGGGCUAAUGCGCCGAAUUUCCAAAUCACAGGGGGGUUUGGUGCAAUAAACCCCCAUCCCUUCUCCCCACGCAAGGUCUCAACUCUCAAGCUCGUACCCCUUUUCUUUUUCCGGACACUUCUCCCACCUUCACAAAGCAAUUUAGCCAAUUAAGUUCUUGCCCCCAGCAAUGCAAUUACUUAAAGGUCGGUACGUAUUACCCCACCCUAAUGAUUCACAAUAGCUCUUUAAUUUCUUCCUUCCAUCGAUGACAUCUCAUCUAAACCGGACGAAUGCUUGGCAAUUUUGAUUUUGAUUGUUACCUACACAAACCAUUAUGUACUUCCAUUCUUCGAUUUUUUUUUAUCUGCUAUAUGAAGCAUGCCAAGUCAAAUUUACAGAUAGGUCCGUAUGAGAGAGAACAAAAUGAGACAGGUAAUUCAUAAAUUAAUAAUGUUUCUUUUUGUUUUCUUUUAAAUAGAUGUACAAAUUUUACUAUUGGUUCAUUUGCAUGCAUCACCAGAUCUAUUUAAAUACCCUUAAAUCAGAUCCUAAAUUGACAAAAGUUAGUAUAUUUAUUUUCAAAAAAAUUUAGCUUCGUAUAUUUGAAAACAAUUUUUAUCCAGUUAUUUUUAUCCUUAUUUUCAUAAAACUGUUUUGGUUUUCAUCCUUGGUAUACGUAAUUUUCGUUAUUUUUCAUUAAAAAAAAACGUGUCACCCCUCAAAUGCAAAAAAAAAUCCUUAUUUUCAUAAAACUUUAAUUGCAUGUAUUCUUGCAUACAAUCUUGCACAUAAUUACAGUUUUUUUAAAGUCAUCUAAAUAAUUUAGUACUUGUGAUUUCAAAUGGAAAUAGAAAUGACAAAACUUCAUCAAAAUUGUAAAAACCAACGUAUGUGAUGCUUCAAAAUAGACAAAUGUUGGAUUAGAAGAGAGUAUCAAUUAAUAGCCUAAUAAUAAAUUAGGUAAUAGCCUAAUGUUAAUUUAGGAAUAAUUUGUAUUCUUGGAAACUCUUGUUAUUAUAAAUAUAUCUGCCAGGUACCCAAUUGGGUAACCUUUCCCAUUCUUUCACAUGGUAUCAAGAGCCUAAUUUUUUUUUCCUCUCUCUCUUCAAACCCUCGGUCCAUGUCUUCCGAGGCGCUACACACUUCCGCCGCGUCGCACACCUCUGUUGCGGCCAUGGUCAGCUCUGCAGUAUCCUCUUUCUCUUCAUCGACCACGGCGCCGGUCUCUUCUGCCUUCACCGCCGCAGCCGUGACCAACACCAGCGCCGCCGUCUCCUUGACCGCGCCGCCGCAGGUGUCAUCUUCUCAGACAGAACCAUUGUUGCAGCAAGUUUCUUCUCCGAAUGUUGCAGAAUUUCCGGGUACCUAUUCCUUGUUCCAGAACAUCCCUCCGUUGUUCCCAUGGCAGCCACCUGCUGUCUCCAAUAUUCCAGGCAUCUUCUCGACCCCGACGCCUACUGUUACGCCACAGCCACACUCCAGCCUGGGGUAUUUCGGCUCCACAUUCUCCGGUACACCUGGACUGUCUCGGCCGGCAGAACAGUCCCUCUUCCAGUCUCCGAUGGCCGCGAUUGCUCAAUCUAUUUCUCCGGCCAACAAUGUUACUCAAAUUGUUACAAUCAAGCUUAAAGAGGUGGAAGACUACAUCACAUGGCGCACUCAGUUUGAAUCGUUCCUAGUCUCUCAAGGUGUGUUUAAUUUCUUGGACGGUUCCACACCGGUACCUCCGAUGUACACGGUUGAUUUUAAUAAUCGCCAAAUAAUUAAUCCUGACUAUCAUCAUUGGUUACGGGUUGAUCAAACCAUUCGUUCUUGGAUAUUUGCUACCCUUACCCGUGAUGUUUUAAUUGAUGUACAUGAACUUAAACAUUCCUUUGAGAUCUGGGAACGACUACAAAAUAGAUUCCGGUCUGCUAGUCUGGCUAGAUCUAUGACACUUAGGCGUCUAUUAUCUAAUAUGAAAAAGAAAGAAAAUCAGUCUAUGGAAGCUUACUUAAGGGAAAUUCAUUUAUUAGUUGGAGAAUUGGCUGCUAUAAAUUCUCCUGUGUCCCAUAAAGAAGUUCUUCAGACCACACUUAUGGGGCUCGGGCCAGAAUAUGAAUCCACCAUGGGUACUAUUUCCCUAUUUCCUGACAAUUUUCCACCAGACAUUCUACAUCGGAGCCUGUUAGAGGCCGAACAACGAGUGCUUUAUCUUCGCCAACAGACCGCUCCACCUGCUUACCAGGCAUUCGGUGUACAAGAACGAGGCAAUGCAUCGCGUGGGGGCCGCGGUGGCCGCGGCAGAGGAGGUCGCGGCAGAACUGGGCGCGGCAGAGGCCGCGGAAAUUAUCAGUAUGGCCAGCAGCCCUACUACGGGCAGGGGCAGCAGCCUCUCAGCCAAGGGCAGCAGGUGGGGUCGCAACCGGGGCAGCUUCAUCAUCCGCCGGGGUCCGGUCAGCCCCAUGGAGCGCAGCAGCAACUGAGACCACCAACUGUUUUGUCCACUUUAAAUACGAAUGCUAUAUUAUUUUGUGGUCCUAAUGUCAAGUCUGCAGGCUCUCCAUCCGCUGAGGGAAUUCUUGGGGCAAUUCCCCCGCCUGUUGUCUGUCAAAUAUGUUUCUCUGCAGGUCAUUCUGCCCUCCAUUGUCCUUCCCGAUUUUCUCAACCAUCUGCUCCUGCACUUCUAACCGGUCCAGCUAAUGAAGCCCUGUGGUAUCCAGACACUGGUGCCUCUGCUCACAUGACGCCCUCUGAAGGUAUUUUGACAAAUAAAUCUACUUAUACUGGUCCAACUAUUGUUAGUGUUGCUAAUGGUGCUAAUCUUCCUAUAAAACAUGUUGGUGAUAUUUCUUUAACUUCCUCUGGCCGCCCACUGCUGUUGAAAUCUGUUUAUCAUGUGGCUAAUAUUAAAUUUAAUUUAAUUUCAAUUCAAAAAUUGUGUGCCGAUAAAAACUGUGUUGCUAUUUUUGACAAAAAUUCAUUUUUUGUUAAGGACAAAAUUUCGGGGGCGGUUCUUCUUCGGGCAACAACUAAUGGUCAUCUCUAUCCUCUCAGCCUGAGUCCACCAUCUACUCAAGCAUUAUCUUCAGUCCUCACCACUGGCCCUGUGUGGCAUCGUAGAUUAGGUCACUGUGGUGAAAACAUUUUACGUACUUUAAGCACUCAAAAACGCAUAUGUAAUAGCUCUAGUUUUUCUCAUGACUGUAUUUCUUGCCGGUUAGGCAAGUCUCAACGAUUACCUUUUUCAGAUGCUAAUCAUACUACUUCUUCUCCUUUGCAAUUAAUUCAUUCUGAUGUGUGGCAGUCUCCAGUUCUUUCUAAUUUGGGAUUUAAAUACUACGUAUGUUUUAUUGAUGAUUUUUCGCGUUUCACGUGGAUUUACCCAUUGCGUGCUAAAACCGAGGUGUUUGACCAAUUUAAAAUUUUUAAGACUUUAGUUGAAAAUCUCUUCAACUCUAGAAUUAAAAAUUUUCAAAGUGAUGGAGGGGGUGAAUUUGUUAAUUCUACUAUGCAGCAAUUUUUUAAUUCUCAUGGAAUUUAUUUUCAAAAAUCAUGUCCUCACACUCCUCAACAAAAUGGGGUUGUUGAGCGUAAACAUCGUCAUCUACUUGAACUUACUAGGACAAUGUUGAUUGAGGCUUCUCUCCCUAGUUGUUUCUGGGUAGAUGCUAUUUUUACGGCUGCAUAUAUUAUUAAUAGAUUACCUACUCCAACACUUUCUGGUUUAUCUCCAUAUGAAAAAUUAUUUCAAAAACCUCCUGAUUAUACCUUUUUACGUGUUUUUGGAUGCGCUUGCUUUCCAAAUAUUUCUGCCACUUCUUCAAAUAAACUUUCUCCUAGGUCCGUUCAAUGUGUUUUUCUGGGUUAUGCAUCUGGUUAUAAAGGUUAUCGUUGUCUUAAUCCUACCACCGGCAAAAUUUACAUUAGUCGUCAUGUGCGUUUUCAUAAAAAUGUUUUUCCGUUCACCACUUUGAUCUCCUCUGCAUCCACCUCCUCUUCCUCGGAUCACCCGACCUCACCAGAACUACCAUUCUCUUCCUGGAACAAUUUCUCUUUUAGCCCACAUCUUACCUCUCGGCCAUCCAUGUCUCUGGAACACACCGAGACACGCAGCCCACAUCUACCAGUCCACCAUACUAGUUCAGCCACCUCACCUCUUAUGUCAGAAAAAUCAGCCUGUCACAUCACACCUCCCACUCCAAUUCCCUUAUUCCUUGACUCAGCCCAGCCUUCCACGCCACUCAGCACCCAGAACAGCGCCCAAACACCCUCUUCCAGUCCACCAGUAGCUUCCAAUUUCCCGUCAACCAUCAGCCCUCCUUCUCCGGUCCACAAUCCAGUCAGCUUACCACCUUCCACUCCCCCAAUUUCGACCACCAACCACGACCUCGACAUAGUGCCCGAACCGCCACCUAUUUCUAUUGCUAAUGUCCACCCGAUGCAAACUCGGGCAAAAUCUGGAAUUUUUAAACCAAAACCCGUUUUUAAUUUAAACACGGUUGUUAUUUCACCAGACCCCACUUGCUUUUCUGCGGCAAAUAAACAGUUGAUAUGGCGUCAGGCUAUGGCUGAGGAAUUUAAUGCACUUAUUGCUAACCACACUUGGGACUUGGUGCCGUUUGAUAACUCUAAAAGUAUUGUUGGAUCUAAGUGGAUUUAUAAGACAAAAUAUUUAUCUGAUGGUUCCAUUGAGCGCCACAAAGCACGUUUAGUUGCUCAGGGUUUUAACCAGCAGGCUGGUGUAGAUUUUUCUGAAACUUUUAGUCCUGUCAUUAAACCCACCACUGUUCGUACUGUUCUUACCUUAGCGAUUUCUUUUGGGUGGGUUAUGCGUCAGCUGGAUGUUAAAAAUGCUUUUCUUCAUGGUCAUUUAACAGAAGAGGUUUAUAUGCGUCAGCCGCGGGGUUUCAUUCACCCUCAGUAUCCUCAUCAUCUAUGUCGUUUGCGUAAGGCUAUUUAUGGUCUUAAACAGGCCCCGCGAGCAUGGUUUCAUAGGUUCAGUAGUUUUCUCCUUUCUCAUAAUUUUUUAUGUAGUAAGUCGGAUAACUCUCUAUUCAUUUAUCGUCAGGGUCCUUCAUUUAUUUAUUUAUUUAUUAUUAUAUGUGGAUGACAUUAUUAUUACUGGUAAUUCCUCUUCUGUUGUCACUGAGUUUAUUCAUCUUAUUGCUCGACAUUUUGCAAUGAAAGACUUGGGUGAUCUUCAUUAUUUUCUUGGCAUUCAGGCCACUCGUCAUAGUAAAGGUCUAUUCCUCUCUCAGCAUAAAUAUGUCUCUGACCUCUUAUCCCGAUUUCACUUACACACUAUAAAGCCUGUUCGCACUCCUCUUGCGUCUCGUACUUCUUUAUCACUCACUGAUGGCGAGUUACUUGCAGAUGCGACUGAAUAUCGCAGCAUGGUAGGUGCAUUACAGUAUUUAACUUUGACAAGACCUGAUAUUACUUAUGCAGUGCAUUUAGUCUCUCAGUUUAUGCAUGCCCCACGCACCACUCACCUUUUUGCUGUCAAGAGGAUUUUUAGAUAUUUGCAGGGUACCAUUGAUCAUGGUCUGUGGCUUCAGCCCACACAAAAGGCGACUUGCAUUAUAGCAUACUCGGAUGCAUAUUGGGCUGGGUGUCCUGACACGUCUCGGUCCACCACGGGUUAUGCUGUUUUUCUAGGACCCAAUCUCGUGUCUUGGAAAUCCAAGAAGCAGCCUACUGUCUCCAAAUCCUCUACAGAAGCGGAGUAUCGUGCUAUUGCUUACACGGUGCAGGACACACUUCAUAUUCGGUCCAUUCUGUUCGAGCUUGGAUUUCCAAUCACGGCCCCAGUUCGUCUGUUCUGCGACAACAUCUCUGCUUUCUACUUGACAGCGAAUCCUGUUCAGCAUGCUCGGAGCAAGCAUAUUCAGAUUGACUAUCACUUUGUUCGUGAACGCGUGGCUCAUGGUGAUCUUGUCGUUAAAUAUGUGCCUACUAGUCUUCAACUGGCUGAUAUAUUUACUAAGAGUCUCUCUAGUCAGCAAUUUCAUUUUUUAAAAGACAACCUGCGCGUUGUAUCUCCCGCACAGUUUGAGAGGGUGUAAUAGCCUAAUAAUAAAUUAGGCAAUAGCCUAAUGUUAAUUUAGGAAUAAUUUGUAUUCUUGGAAACUCUUGUUAUUAUAAAUAUAUCUGCCAGGUACCCAAUUGGGUAACCUUUCC